CUUGGGCCAUCCUCCACUGCACUCCCGGGCCACAGCAGAGAGCUGGCCUGGAAGAGGGGCAACCGGGACAGGAUCGGUGCCCCGACCGGGACUAGAACCCGGUGUGCCGGCGCCGCAAGGCGGAGGAUUAGCCUGUUGAGCCACGGCUAGAAUUUUUCUAACACCAAAGUCAAUUCCUUUAAUAGACAUGGCACUAUUCAGCUGUUCUGCUUCUUCCUCAGUGAGUUUUGGUACUUUGUACUUUCAGUGACUUUAUCCAUCUCAUCUACCAUUUAUUCUGUCCUGCUUGCUGUAGUCUCAAGUUGCUCAUAUAUCUCAUUUCCUGAGGUUGAAACUCAAGUUGUCGAUUUUAGAUCUUUUCUAACACAUGCAUUUAAUUCUAUAAAACUUCCUCUAAUCGCUGCUUCCCCUGCAUCUCACAGACUUUGACAAGCUCUGUGUUGUUUUCCAGCUUCUCCUGGGACUUCUUUGACUCAGUUAUUUGGAAUUGUGCUGUUUAGUUCACAAGUGGAGGAGAUUUUCCGGCCAUCCCCCGGUCGCUGGUGUCUGGUUUAAUUCCUCCGCGGUCUGAAGCACACCGCAUCCCAUGUGUGUCCCUCAGGCUUGUUAGGUUUGCUUGCGGCCGAGCGUGGGCUUUCUCAGCAGCGGUGCUGACGGGAGCCUGAAGGACUGUGGUCUCUGUCUCGGAGGCGGUCGGCGCUGAGGGUGGGUCGGGUUCAGCUGCGGGGCGUUCAGCUCAGUGCAGCCUUAGCGAUGCUCUGCCGGUGCGAUCUGUCAGUCGCUGACAGGAGUCUUUGUGCCUGUCAGCGAUGCCGGAUUCUGAAUUGCUUGCCGUUGUCAGCUUUUGGCCUCCUGCGUUUUGAUGCACGGGGAUUUGGUGAAUGUAGAUUUAGAAUUGUUACGUGUUCUUGGAAAGUUGGCCCCUUUACCACUCUGUAAUGCCCUCUUCAUUCCUGAUCGUGUGCCUUGUCCUGGAGUUGAAGUGGCCUGAUUGCAAUACAGCUACCCCAUCACUCUUUUGAUUACGGUGAGCCUGGCAGACCUUUCUCCAAAUCUUUACCCUUUCUCUUCUUCUUCUUCUUUUUUUUGACAGGCAGAGUGGAUAGAGAGAGAGAGACAGAGAGAAAGGUCUUCCUUUUUGCCGCUGGUUCACCCUCCAAUGGCCGCUGUGGCCGGCACAUCGCGCUGAUCCGAAGCCAGGAGCCAGGUGCUUCUCCUGGUCUCCCAUGGGGUGCAGGGCCCAAGCACUUGGGCCAUCCUCCACUGCCUUCCCGGGCCAUAGCAGAGAGCUGGCCUGGAAGAGGGGCAACCGGGAUAGAAUCUGGCGCCCCGACCGGGACUAGAACCCGGUGUGCCGGCGCCGCAAGGCGGAGGAUUAGCCUGUUAAGCCACAGCGCCAGCCCAUCUUUCUCUUCUUAGUUAAGAUUUUGAUUUAACGUAUUUGAAAGGCAGAGACAGACAGGGAGAGAAGAGAGAAAAGAGAAGGAGGUUGGGGGAGAGAGCGUGAGCUAUUGUUCACUUCCUCUGGUUCACGCCUCAAAUGCCUGGAGUAGCUUGGGCUGGAGCAGGUCAAAGCUGGGAACUGGGAACUCGAUCCAGGUCUCAUGUAGGUGGCCGGGACCCGGGUACUUCAGCAUUAUCCCUGCCUCCCAGGGAGAGCAUCAGCACUGAGCAGGGCAGGGGUUCUUGAGAUCGCUUGUCUGCUACCUGCCCAUUGAACUAGUUCUUUCCUCCACCCUCAGGCCUUGUCUUUACUAUUCUGUUUCCAUACCAGUGGCAGGAACUAAGGCUUCAGUGCAGGGACCCUAGGACUUGGGGCCAUCUUUUACUGCUUUCCCAGGGCAUAGCAGAGAGCUGGAUUGGAAAUGGAGCAGCCAGGACUCCAACCAGUACCCAUAUGGGAUGCUAGCACUGCAGGUGGUGGCUUUACCUGCUAUGCCACAGCACCAGCCCCUUCAGCGGAGACUCAGUCUACACCAGCGGAUGAGCCUCAGCAGAGCGCGGAGCCCAGCGGUGUGUCCUCGGCACCACCUGCCUCAAACAAGGAGAAGACUAAACCUCUGGCUGAAACAGACAAAGUGGAAAAUGCUGACAGUAAAGUCAAAGAAGUGCCAAAGAAAGAGAAGAAGAUCUUUGAUGAAAAGACGGCAGUUCUGGCGAUCCAGGCCUGGUGGCGGGGCACCCUGGUACGGCGGGUGCUGCUGCAUGCGGCCCUCCGGGCCUGGGUCAUCCAGUGCUGGUGGCGCCUGAUCCUGAACAGGGCCCUGGAGAAGAGGCGGCGAGUGGCGCUGGAGAACUUCACCCGGGAGGAGUGGGCGGCCGUGAGGCUUCAGUCCUGGGCCCGCAUGUGGCGCAUCCGCCGGCGCUACUGUCAGGUGCUCAACGCCGUCCGUAUCAUCCAGGCCUACUGGAGGUGCCACACCUGCGCUUCCCGGGGCAUCAUCAAGGGCCAGUACAGAGUCACGGCCAACCAGCUGCAUCUCGAGCUGGAGAUCUUGCUGGGCUCGGGGCCUUGCAUCGUGACAGAGUGUAUUCCCCUCCCAAUAAAGCAGUGACGUGGUCCUCUCCAUGCUGUCUCUGUGUGACAAGCUCCAGGCCGAAGAUGGCAGACGCCUGGCUUCCCGUAUGCGGCGUUGUCUGUGCCCCGUGUAGAGAAGGGCCCUGAGCUCCUUGCCCAGGCUGACAGGGGCUGUGCUUGAUCAGCACUGAAGUUCUAUUGAUGUAUUUGAAAAGGAAGGGAGGAGGCAGAGAGAGAGAUGCCGGUCUUCUGUCUGCUAGAUCACUCCCCAGAUGCCCAGAACAGCUCCGUGGGGUGGUCUUUGAGCUGUUUUGCAGUGCCUGUGUGUACCCGCCGCAUCAAAGCGAGAAGAGAAAAGCAGACUUCGGACGUCACACUCGGAAGACUGGCAGAGCGUGUGCUCCUUACACAGCGACACUGCGGCUGCGCUGAAUGCGGCUGGGUGAUGAACCCCACCAGACUCGCCAGUCUGCACUGUUCCUCACUCACAGGACAGCAGUGGGCAUGGAGGUAGAAAUUCAAAGUGCUGCACUCGUCACAGCAGAAUCUGUUUAUAAAAACUAAAACAUGAAAGCGGGACUGCAAACAAGAUUCCAAGCUGCUCAUUUGUUAGCCAAGCAGGGGCAGCUGCUCGCUGCUAAUUAAAUCAUGUUUGAUGGCAGCAGCCGGGGAGCUGGGGCCAGAGACAAUGAACUUAACACUGUUAGCCCGUCAAGGAAGGGAGCUGCUGGAAGCGUGGAAGACACGGGGAGCAGGGUCAGCAGUCAGUUAAAAAUAGGGCAAAUGACUUCAAGUGGUUUUCCUUGGCUCUUGAUGAGCUGACAGGUGCCAAUACAGCUCAGCUGUUGUUUGUUGAAGGCAUAAAUGCCAAGUUUGAAGUGGACUGGGGAACAUUGCGUAGGAAACAAAUACAUUGGGAACAUUUGUUGAAGACACUGAGAAAAAGCUAGUUUAGUAUAACCUGAGAUGGAAUCUGCUGAGAUGUGAUAAAACUGCUGGUAGCAAAAAUAUGGGUGGAGCAGAAGGCUGGCUUCACUGGACAUCCUCACCAAGCACAGGAAAAUGUCAGACACUUACGGGCUGGGGGUUCCUCAUUGUGUUAGCCCUUUUAAGCUGUCCCAGGAGACAAGACCAAUUGGGAUCCUGAGGAAGCUAGCAUUUCAUUAUUUAUUUUCAUUGUUUUUGAAAGGAAAGGAGGGAGAGAGAGAAGGCUGAUUCUGAGAUCUUUCAUUUGCUGGUUCACUCCCCAGAUGCCUUCCACAGGGCUGGACCAGGCUAAAACCAGGAGCCAGGAACUCCAUCUGGAGCUUCCACACUGGUGGAACCACCCAGGUGCUUGAACCAUCAUCUGAUGCCUCCCAGGGUGCACACUCAGCGGGAACCUGGAUGGCCACCAGAGGUGGGACUUGAACCCAGGCACACUGCUGGGGGAUGUGGGCGUGAGCCAGUGCACCGAUGUGGUAAAGAUUAGAUGGAUAACUCUAAGUUCAUGAGCUGGAAGCCACAUCUUCGUUUUGUGUUGUCAAGUUCAUCUACCUGUCAAUCAGGAGACCCCUCCCCAGGAAGUACCGCCUCUUGCCUGGGACGUGGGGGUGGUGCCACAUAGACACUUCCUUUUUUCUGAGCAUGUGAAAAGUUAGGAAGAAGGGCAGCGCUCUCUGCUUCAUGAGGAUCAGGACGAGCAGAGCAAGGUAUGAUAAUUCUCUUUUUUAGGCCCCAUUCUCCCUUAAUGAAGCCCUAAUGUAGGCCUGUGUAUUUUUCUUACAUUGUAAAUAAAGUU